AUGCUGAAGGCUGCCUCCCGUUCGUUAUCUAACACCAAUCGAGCUGCCCUCCUUGCUGCCAAGCCAGAAAAUGCUUGGCUCAAGGAGCUCGGUAUCCACCCCGAUACAGACGGUGUUUUUGAUGGAAAAUGGCACGCUGGAAAAGGCGAGCAGUUCACCCCAUUGAGUCCCUUCACUGGCGAGCCUAUCGCUAACGUUCGAUCUGCUACUCCAGAGCAGUACGAUUCCGCUGUCCAAGCUGCAGUCGCUGCUCAGAAAGAAUGGCGAAAUGUCUCCAUGCCUGCUCGAGGUGACGUCGUCAAUGAAAUCGGCCGAGAGCUUGUUGCUAACCUCGACCUUCUGAGCAAACUCGAAUCUCUUGAAGUUGGCAAGACUUACGUAGAAUCAAAGGGUGAAAUUCUCGAGUACAUCCACAUCUGCGAGUUCGCCACCUCCAUGUCUCGACAGGCCCAUGGUGCCAAGAUUCCAUCUGAGCGAGCUAAUCAUCAGCUCGAAGAAAUUUGGAAUCCACUUGGCGUGUGCGCUGUUAUUACCGCUUUCAACUUCCCCAUCGCAGUCUACGGCUGGAAUGCCGCCAUCGGAAGGGAUCAUUAA